AUGCUGAGGAUCGCCCCGGAGCCCGAGCCUGUGACGUCAGACCAGGUGCAAGAGCCGGCUACAGAGCUCGCCACAGGGGAGAGCAUCAUGGACACCUUGGACAAUCUGGAGUCUAAGAUGGAAGAGAUGGGAAAAAGCAAUAAAAGCAAUGCAAUGAUUGUCAUGGGGGAUGCUGUUGGUCUUCUUCAUGUACAAGCCAAGAACACAGAUGCCAAAGAGAUCAACAUGUGCUACUCUUCAAAUCAUGCUAUGCAGAUCAUGAGUCAAAGUGACAAGAAUACAAACUGUUCCUGGUCUAUAAAGAUUUCCAAGGAGGCUUUUGAUAAAUCACGUCUUGAAAACAAUGGAAGUGCAUUUGUUGGAGUUCUACGAUUCAAAAACAUGAGAAAUGAGGAAGAAACUAAAAAUCAGACUGUUUUGAACAAUGAGGUUUAUGGAAUAACGAUGAGGGCCAAUAUCUCCAGCCUUACUGACAAUAUUGAGAUGUUCUUUACAAAUAAUGAUAAGAACAGUAAGGCGUCCUGCAGUUCUUGGGAUGGCAAAGGAGAACUUAAUUGGACAACGUUCGGCUGUGUGACAGAAACAAACAAACAAUCAAACACCAUAAAGUGCUCUUGUUCACAUCUGACGUUCUUUGCAGUGCUGAUGUCUCCACCUGAUGCAAGAAACACAGUGCCGGAUCUGGAACCAUUGACUUUUAUCACUUCUAUCGGCUGCGGCAUCUCCAUGUUUUUUAUGGCCGUUGCUUUAUUCAUGCAUUUCCUGCUACGGAAAGCCAAAUCAAAUCAGGCCACGAAGAUCUUGAUGAACAUGUUUGUGGCUUUGUGCCUACUGAAUGCCUCAUUUUUGUCAAACGAGAGCAUCGCUAACACAGAAGACAACGCUGCGUGCGUCUUCAUAGCACUGGUGCUGCAUUACUCCAUGCUGGCCUCAUUCACCUGGUUCUUCAUUCAAGCUCUUCAUAUGUACUUAUGGCUCAUCAGACAGAAUGUCACAAUCACAAACUACAUGAGGAAGAUCACUGUGUUGGGCUGGGCGUUUCCCGCUCCAAUAGUCAUAGCUAUUGCUUCUGUAGGAGAAUAUAAAACACUGAUCCUAAAGACAACGUCUGGAAAAAUUUCACGAAUGUGCUGGAUUACAAAUCCCUUCAUUCACUACGCAGUGAACAUCGGCUACUACGCUUUAGUUUUCAUCUUCACGACAGGAAUCUUCAUCACUAUCUUAACUAGGAUUGUCCAGGCCAGACGCCUAAGAGCAACUGACAGCAAGAGAAAGACGUUCAGAAAGCAGCUGAUGAUGGUGUUGAGUUUGUUCCUGCUCUUCGGUCUGACAUGGUCUGUGGCGUUCUUCAGUUAUGGACCGAUGCUCAUUCCCUCAUAUUACAUAUUCACUGUGCUGAACUCAUUACAGGGGUUUUUCCUCUUCCUGUAUUACUACCACAUUCACAAGGACCUUGCUGGUCAUUUCUCUGAUGAUCCAAGAAGCUCCGGCUCCACCACAACAAUGGUUCCACCCAACAUGAAUGGUCUGGAAAAUGUUUAUAAGUAGCCUAAUUAAGACAGAA